AAAAAAAAAAAAAAGUAGCCUGAUCUCAACCCACACCUUUAUACCUCGAUGCAAUCAGACGAAGUCAUUUGGCAAGUCAUCAAUCAGCACUUUUGCUCAUACAAAGUCAAAACGGCAACACAAAACUUUUGUCGUAAUGAAUACAAUGUCACAGGUCUGUGCAAUCGGCAAUCUUGCCCAUUGGCCAACAGCCGGUAUGCAACGAUACGAGAAGACAAGGGUAUCAUUUACUUGUAUAUGAAGACGCCUGAGCGAGCCCAUAGUCCAGCCAAGAUGUGGGAGCGAGUCAAGCUCUCCAAGAACUACGCUGAAGCGCUUAAGCAGAUUGACAGUAAUCUCAUUUACUGGCCUGAUUUCCUUCUACACAAAUGCAAGCAGCGCUUGACAAAGAUCACACAGUACCUUAUUAAGAUGCGUAAGCUCAAGCUUAGCGAAGAAGAUAGACCUCAACUGGUUGGGAUCAAGAAGAAGAUAGAACGACGAGAAAAGAAUAGAGAACGAAAGGCAGAGGCUGCCGCUCGACUAGAAAAGAGCAUUGAAAAGGAAUUGAUUGAUCGAUUGAAGAACAAGGCUUAUGGUGAUGCUCCUCUCAAUGUUAAUCAAGAUAUCUGGCAAAAGAUUUUGGAUCAGGACGCUGAGGCCGAAGAAGACGAGUCCGAAGGCGAAGAAGAAGAGGAAGAAGAGGAGGAGGAAGAAGGAGGAACACGAAUUUGUUUCUGACCUGGAAGAUGAAUCUGACGUAGAAGACAUUGAAAACGGCAUGUACGAAUAUGAAGAUGGUGAUGAUGAUUUGCUCGAAGGUUUAGAGACUGCCGAAGAGCUGUCUGGAGAUGAAAGUUCAUCGGACGACGAUGAGGGAACCACCAAGAAGCGAAAAGCAGCAGCCAACGCUAGCAAAGCCAAGAAGAAGAAGCGAGGAGCUUAUGUUGAAGUUGAAUAUGAAGAUGAACCAUUAGAUAAUAAUACAGCUCUUGCAUGGUAGUUGCACAAAAAGCUCAUUGACAAUAUCCCAAAAAAAAAAAAAAAGUAACCAAACCCAAUAAUAUUUUUUCUUGCUCUUUUUAUCAUCGAAUUUGU